CAGGUUUCUACAUGGCCAGCGACCUCCGUUCGUCCAUCGGGAUUUGAAGAGCGCCAAUGUCGUGCUGGAUGCGGAGCUCAAUGCGAAGCUUUGCGAUUUGGGCAUCACUGAGCGCAUGGAAAGGACCCACAUCAGCAAGCGAGACGCGGAAGCGGGAUCGCCCAGGUAUAUGUCGCCUGAGUUGUUCCACGCCCCUGGCAAGCUUACUGAAAAGAUGGACCUUUGGGCAUUGGGCUGCCUGGCUGUCGAGGUGCUGACCACGCGAGUGCCUCAUGAAGGAUGCAUCAACGUGCAACAGGUAGCGACCAAGCUGCUGGUGACCAAAGAGCCACCCUUCACGGCAGGCUGA